UAAUCGCUCCCUUACAUUGUGUUUACUGUUCUAAUCUGAGCUGCUCGUUGUAGACUCCAAAUUGUGACGUACGCUUUCUACAUUUAGCCAAAAACGGAUAACAACACUCAAAGGACAUUUUUAGUAUACUUCUUUAAGAUUACAUUUGGGUUUCCACUGAGUCAAACUCAGACAGUUCGACGUUAGCCGUUAGCCAAGCAGCUUUGGGCCACCAUGGACGGCAGCGCCAGUGUGAGGAAAGCGCUGUCUGGGACCCUCGUCCCCAAAGCCGUCACCACCGUCGCCCUGAGACAAGAGCCUCAAGAGACGGACGCUGGGAAGCCCCAGAGAAAAGUUCUUAUCGAAGAGGAUUACAUCGAGAGCUUGGAGAAGAUCAUCCAGAGGGAUUUCUUCCCAGAUGUAACAAAACUGCAGGCCCAGAAAGACUAUCUUGAUGCUGAGGAAAUUGGAGACCUGGAGAGGAUGAGAGAGAUAUCCAUCCGAUAUGGGAAUUCUUUGUCAAAAAACACACCACGCUCCACUGCACCCUACGUGACCCCAGCUAGCUUUGAGACACCAGUGGGCCACACAGGAUCUCCAUCCAUCUCUCAGACCAGUAGAGGUGUAGACAGUGAAAGCUCUACAGACGACAAGAGAGAAGAAAAAGAGCUGCCCUCUCUCGAUCGCUUCCUUGCCAAAAAUACCAGCGAGGAUAAUGCGUCAUUUGAACAGAUAAUGGACCUGGCGGAAGAUAAGGAGAAGAUGAAGCAUUCAUGGUUGUAUGACGCCGAAGCAGAAUUUCAGGAGCGUCAUGAGCAGAACCUGGCCUUACCGCCGACAGAAAAGGCCGCUCUUGAAUGUGUCAAAGCCGGGCUGGAGACGUGGGAAUAUAAAGCAAAGAACACAUUGAUGUAUUAUCCAGAGGGUGUCAAAGAUGACGACGCCCUCUUUAAGAAACCACGGGAGGUGGUUCACAAGAACACACGUUUUAACGGAGAUCCGUUCAGCAAAGCUCUGAAUAAAAGCCAGAUUCAGCAAGCGGCAGCACUCAAUGCUCAGUUCAAGCAGGGUAAAGUUGGUCCAGAUGGGAAAGAGCUCAUCCCACAUGACUCUCCGACAGUGAAUGGUUAUGGCUUUGAAAGAACACCCUCCCCUGCACCUGGUGUAACCGAGUCGCCUCUGAUGACUUGGGGUGAAAUUGAGAGCACACCGUUUCGCCUGGACGGCUCCGACACCCCGUACGCAGAAAGGAACCACGGUCCAUCAUUUAAGAUUCCAGAACCAGGUAGAAGAGAGCGACUGGGUUUAAAGAUGGCCAACGAAGCGGCGGCCAAAAAUCGCGCCAAAAAGCAGGAGGCGUUGCGAAAGGUCACAGAGAACCUGGCCAGUUUAACACCGAAAGGUCUGAGCCCGGCACUCACCCCUGCCCUGCAGAGGCUGGUCAACCGGACAUCCAGCAAGUACACAGACAAAGCGCUAAGAGCCAGCUACACGCCGUCACCCUCGCACAGAAUUGUUGGCUGCAAAUCCCCCUUCGGCGGUCCGGCCACUCCCUCUGGGACACCCACACCAGACAAAGCCAAGACACCGAGCACACAGGACAUUUCGUCACUCACGGACAAUCUGUUGCAGCUUCCAAAGAGACGGAAAGCGUCAGACUUUUUCUAAAAGGAGACGUUUUCUAUGCUUGGACUAUUACAUUGAAUAAGGUAUAAAUGGACAUUUGAUGCCAGUAAAGGCAGUGGUAAAUGUGUCGAACAUUUUUGGGGAUGCAUUUUUGUAUAGGGAAGUUCAUUACUUUGAAGCAAGUGUGGAAAUAAUCUAUUUAUUUGUUUGUUACUAGAUUUUUAUUUUUUAUUAUUAUUUUUUUUUUACCAGCAAUGUUAUUAGAUCUGAGACUCACCCAUACAACAUUACAUGGCGAUAUUUACUCAUAGGAGAAACACGUUUCUUUCAUGUAAAUGUUUAUUUGUGCCAAAUGUUCUCUUUUUAACAAAAUAUAACACAAUAUACAUUCUAUCAAAAAAAUGUAAAUGUAAAUUUCAUUUUAAUAGCUUUCCUGAAUGGUUGACUAAAAUCCACAAUUUUCCUCAAAGUGCAUGUUUUGUUGCUCAGAAAAAAAUAUUCAGAUCUGCUUUAUAAAGGUGAUAGAAAAGCUAUAAUUUUCACAAAACGGACUACUAAUACGGGAUUCUCGACCAGUGGUACAGGACCCACUGGUGGUACUGGGAACACCAAAGAUUACAUUAAAUAAUAAUACACAUUUAUUCACCAAAGAUUUACUCAAAUUGAUUUACUCAAAUUGAAUAUUGCAUUGUUUUUUUGGUUAACUACGCAAAUCACAUUUCCUAUCGUUUAUACAAUAAAU